AUGCCAAACCAGAAGGAAAGACAACAGGAAAUGAGGAGACACCAAACCAGAAGGAAAGACAACAGGAAUCAAGGAGACAUCAAACCAGAAGGAAAGACAACAGGAAUCAAGGAGACAUCAAAUCUGAAGGAAAGACAACAGGAAAUGAGGAGACACCAAACCAGAAGGAAAGACAACAGGAAUCAAGGAGACAUCAAACCAGAAGGAAAGACAACAGGAAUCAAGGAGACAUCAAAUCUGAAGGAAAGACAACAGGAAAUGAGGAGACACCAAACCAGAAGGAAAGACAAUAGGAAUCAAGGAGACAUCAAGCCAGAAGGAAAGACAACAGGAAUCAGGGAGACAUCAAAUCUGAAGGAAAGACAACAGGAAGCAUGGAGACACCAAACCAGAAGGAAAGACAACAGGAAUCAAGGAGACAUCAAAUCUGAAGGAAAGACAACAGGAAGCAUGGAGACACCAAACCAGAAGGAAAGACAACAGGAACUGAGGAGACGAAAGACAACUGGAAUCAAGGAGACACCAAACCAGAAGGAAAGACAACAGGAACUGAAGAGACACCAAGCCAGAAGGAAAGACAACAGGAAUCAAGGAGACACCAAACCAGAAGGAAAGACAACAGGAAUCAAGGAGACACCAAACCAGAAGGAAAGACAACAGGAACUGAGGAGAUGCCAAACCAGAAGGAAAGACAACAGGAACUGUGGAGACGCCAAACCAGAAGGAAAGACAACAGGAACUGAGGAGAUGCCAAACCAGAAGGAAAGACAACAGGAAUCAAGGAGACACCAAACCAGAAGGAAAGACAACAGGAAUCAAGGAGACACCAAACCAGAAGGAAAGACAACAGGAAAUGAGGAGACACCAAACCAGAAGGAAAGACAACAGGAACCAUGGACACAUCAAACCAGAAGGAAAGACAACAGGAAUCAAGGAGACAUCAAAUCUGAAGGAAAGACAACAGGAACUGAGGAGACGCCAAACCAGAAGGAAAGACAACAGGAAAUGAGGAGACACCAAUACAGAUUCAAUGAUGACAGAAGCUGA